AAGGCCAGUUCUCGAAAGUUGGUCGUGUCGUCCGGCGGAGACAUGCUAUUUCAUGUGGUAUGGCUCUGCUCGUGUGUGUCGUUGGAGUCAGCCGCCUGCGGUACACUUGAGGGAUUAGGCUUCGCGAGACGUCAACACAUUUGGACAAUGCUCACGAAGAGGCCAUGCAAGCGCGGAAAGCAGAUGACACAUCUUAUAGGCGAAAAAUGUGGACGAACAAAAGCAGCGAUUUCAACAUGCUCGUGCUUCCAGGGCGACCUAGAGCAGCGAAGCAUGUCCGUUUCCCCUCUACCAUGUGGUAUGUCUGUCCGUUUGUGUUGCAUGAGAUCCACCGCCUCGGGUGCAUUUGGAACAGCAGGCUUUGGCCCACUGGACGUUGUUCGCGAGACCUUCCGCAGAGGCCAUUUGCCAUGGAAACUGUGUUCUUCCGACAGACGCUCUCUCUCUCUUAAUAGCCCAGAAUUUUGA